CAACACUGAUAAGUUUUGCUGGGCGUAAAGGCAAAUGCUCGUUUGGAUACGUCAAACUCGCGUCUGUUUGGGUACGUCAAAUUCACUUCGUCCAGUCUCCCUGUUUAGGAUCUCUACACUGCCCCAGAUGAAGAUAGAACAUUAAUUCGGGUUUCCAAUUUAAAAGUUAUUCUGCAAUUCUGCAUGAAUUCAAUUUAACAUGAUUCGGACCAUGAUUCAAUUUACACAUGCGCAAUGGAAAUGUUAUGAACGCAAAUGUCAUUCCAGAAAUUGUCAGAUGCAUGGAAAGAGCUAACGCGAGAGAUACAUCCAAGUAAUUCUGAGAAAGAAGUUAAUUCUAGUAAUAAUGGUAAAAAACAACAAGAAUGUAACAAAUAUAUUUACAGUCGAUGGAUGGUCUUCCUGGUUUUAAUGAGCUCGAUUGCAGUUACCUUAUACUUUCACAACGGCAAACACAAUUCGCCGGUUAAGAACAAUUCAGCCGAAUUUCUUGUGCCGCCUAAUCCACAGCGAACAGACACGAAGCCAGUACCCUCUUAUACACAGCUUCACAUUUUUAAGCAAGCAGCAGUUUGUUCAGACAGUCAAGUGUGCAGCCAAGUUGGCAGAACGACGCCGAGGGGCUGUCCAGGACGGAGAGCUGCUACGCCGGCCGCGAUCGGAGUUCAGGCCGCAGGCACGCGAACCUGCGGCUGAGCCCACCAAAAUCGGAUGGGUUCGGAAGCCGGAUGUUGGGUCAAAGGACGAACGGCGCGGGUCAAGUAGCUGGUAGAGAAGCAGUCGGAUCCGGAAUCCAUCCAGUACCCGACGCAGAACAGCCAAUUUGUUCCGCUGAGCCCGGCCCAAUUGCCAACAAGCACUACACUUGGUUCGCUUCGAUUUGGUUAACCUAAUGAAGCUGCGCGUCGAUGGCAGUGGCAAGAAUCCCAAGUGUUGACCGGGGCCACCAAGAAUGGCGCCGUUACGGAUUGCCCCGGGGAAUGAAAACUAUCAGUGCUUUAUGUUUAUUUUUAAUGGAAAAUAAUAAAAAUGUGAGGACUGGGGGGUUGGUUUCGGGUGGGCGUUUAAUUUAACGAGAAAUUAAAAGAAAAAUAAAUCAAAUUCGGGCAAAAUAUGAAACAAAACCAUUGAACAACCUCUCCAGUUGAAUUAUCUAGUUGAAAACAAAAAAGAAAACCAAUAAGCAAAAACAAGAAGAAGAAGAAGCUGUCAAAACCAACCCGUCAAUUCCGUUUUGAUUCCGUUUCAACUCCACCUGAACCGAUUUGCGGCGAAAACUCAAA